AUCUUGGUUUAUUUGGAUACAUGGCAAAGUUUCUUCUUCAGUUUCUUUGGUUCCCCCUCCCCUUUCACCCAUGAUCUAUCAACUGAGUACAGAUUUGAGUUUUACCGGUUAAAGAGAGGUCCUUUUCUUUCAGUAGAUAAAAACUCUGUAUUUGGGCAGAAGAACUGGCCUUCUGGAUAUGUUUGAAUCAGGGAUUUCUUGGGACAAAAUUUGAAUGAUUAAUGGGAAGAAAUAUGAGAAACUUUUUGAUUUUUCGUGGUCAGGAGAACGGUCCUUUCUUAUAGGACAGACAGGAUUGGGCUUCCUACCAAACUUACAAAGAAAUUGGCUUCCAUGAAAAUGAAAACUUGAUGUCUACUUGUUACAGUGAUCCAUCUCAGUUCUGGAACCAAGUGAAAUCGGCCCCAGCUUUGUUUAUUGAAGAAAUUGUCAUCCUUUCCUUUGAGUGACAAAAUGAUUUAUUCCCUUUCAGACAUAGAAUAGGACAAAAAGAAAUAGAAGGAAGAAAACACCAAGUUUAAAUGAAAACGAAAGGAAAGCAACAUUUUUGGCACUUUAUCUGUGUUAAAUUGGAACGCAAGAAUGUGGAGUUUGAAAGCUGCUCACCAUUUUCAGGCACACAGACAGCCCUCAAGGAAAGCUUUUCAGAAUCUACUUCAAGGCUUGGGAGUUUGAAAUUCAGAAGCCCCCGAUCUUCAAUGGAAAAUGUUUCAGAUGCUCAAACCUUACGUGUUUUUGUAGCAACUUGGAAUGUAGGUGGAAAAUCCCCUCACAGUGACCUGAAUCUUGACAAUUUUCUUCAAGUGGAGGAUCCAUCAGACAUUUAUGUUUUGGGUUUUCAGGAAAUAGUACCCUUGAAUGCUGGAAAUGUGCUAGUUAUAGAAGACAAUGAACCACCAGCAAAAUGGCUAGCUCUCAUCAACCAGUCCCUUAAUAAAACUUCAGGAGUCGAUACCUUCAAUGGUCCAAACCCCCAACCUGACUACUUCUCUCCUUCUCAAGCUUCCAGCAGGAAAUCAAUUUCCAAAGAUUUGAAGGCUAAUGGUAGUUUACUGUUCUUCCAGAAGCCUUCUCUUAAAAAGGUUAGUAGAAGCUUCAGGACGGAGAAAAAAAGACGCCUCAAGACAUGCAAUUGCCCUUCUGAGUUGGAAAGGAAAAAUAGUAAGGACUCCUGUUUUGGAUGCCAAGAAGCUUAUCUUGGUGAAGAUGAUUCUUCUUCAGAAGAGGACGAUGGUUCAAAUAGUUUUGUGAUGACAGAGAUCACCACUAACCAGCUGAAGUAUAGCCUCAUAGCCAGCAAACAGAUGGUGGGAAUUUUUCUCACUGUUUGGGCAAAGAAGGAACUUGCACAGCACAUUGGACAUUUGAGACUCUCCUGUGUUGGGCGUGGAAUAUUGGGGUACCUUGGUAACAAGGGGUGUAUCUCUGUUAGCUUUUCUUUGCACCAAACAAGCUUCUGCUUUGUCUGCAGCCACCUGGCUUCGGGAGAGAAAGAAGGGGAUGAGCUUAGAAGAAAUUCUGAUGUCAUAGAGAUACAGAAAAACACCCAAUUUCGAAAAAUCUGUAAAGCACUCUGUAAUAGGAUCCCUGAGAAAAUUAUAGAACAUGAUCGGGUAAUUUGGUUAGGGGACUUGAAUUACCGGAUUGCUUUGAGCUACUCAGAAACUCGGAAACUGCUGGAGAACAAUGAUUGGGAUGCCCUUCUUGAGAAGGAUCAGCUCAAGAUUGAACGGGAAGGAGGACGAGUGUUUGAAGGGUGGAAGGAGGGGAAAAUCUACUUCCCUCCUACAUACAAAUACUCUAAUAACUCAGAUGCUUAUGCUGGAGAGACUGUAACAUCAAAGAAGAAAAGGAGAACUCCUGCAUGGUGUGAUAGAAUACUAUGGCAUGGGAAUGGGAUAAAGCAACUGUCUUACAUACGUGGGGAGUCAAGGUUUUCCGAUCACAGGCCAGUUUGUGCAGUUUUUGAGGUGCAGGUUGCUGUUCUUGAUGGAAAAUCAAAAAAAGCAGUAUCUAGCUCUAACAUGAAAGUGGAAAUUGAAGAGCUCUUACCUCCAACAACUAGAUACUCAAGUUAACAAUGUGUAAGUUCAUAACAUACAGUAGCUAUACAAUCUACAUAAUAGUCUUUAUGACUUCAUAGAAAGAAGAUUUUAGGGAAUGAACUCCUACAUGUGGAUGACUUUACACCCAUCAGAGAUGGGAAAAGGUUCUUAUGAAUGAAGUUAUACAAUGUUAACGUGAUCAAAGAUCACAGUCAUCUGACCUAUCAGUUACAUUUGAUUGUUUGGGAAGAAAAGAAGAGAAAGGUUCCGUCACAGCAUAAUUGAAAGGGUUUAGGUUGAUCAGCUUUACGUCUCAUGUACAUAUUUCUGGGGGAAUAUUUACAGUAUUUUUGUCUUGAGGCUUCAUCUUUAUCAUAUUUUCUUGAUUAUCUCAUCUAUAAUCCUAUACUAGUCAAGACCAUGGCAUGCUUGUUUCCACGCAUUGAACAUACGUAAAAACAUAUGAACCACCAUAAGAAAAGUAACAACAUAAUGGUUUCAAUUGGCUAUUCCAAGAUAGAUCAUUGAUCAGUAAUGAUCUAAGAUGAAAGUCAAGCCUAAACUGAUCAUUUAUUUCAAUAUAUCCUAGCUGUCAACUCUGUUUGCAGGAUUCUUCAACAGUUUAGAUUUGAACUCAUGACCUAUUUUAAAUGUGAGGUGUUGGUUCCUGCCAACUGAGUACCCGCUUGGUGAUCUAUUAUUUCAUUUUAAAGCUUCUUUUCUUCUACUUGUGAUUAUAGAACUGUGAAUAUCUCAUGAGCUUUUUAUCCUUUUUCCCAUUUUCAUUGCGGGUGGUAAACCAAUAGCAUUAGCUAUAUAAAUAGAAAUUUGCUGAUUGAAGAUUGCCUCUAAGAGGAAGAGGCGAAGAGCACAGAAAUGUUGUGGGUCAUUAUUCAACCUGUACGGCAUAUUGUUCUAAGGUGUGAGAGGUAUUGAUUUUCUGCACCAUAUUCUCUUAAAAAAAAAAAAAAAGUUACAAAAGACAAGUUCCCUUACCUAGUUAGGGGGCAUCAGCAUAAAGUUAGCAACUAAAUCCAAGUUGUAAACUUCUAAUGACUGAUAAUGGUUCCAACAUAGGGAUUUGAAGUCCCUUGUAUUGACUCAAGAUCAUUAGUAAUAGACUCUGUAAUUCAGAGUCUUUUGAUUACUAAAACAUAGGUUCACUACCUGAACUAGGACAGAAGGAUAAUGUUUGAAUUAAACCCCACUAGGACAUCAUCUACUUGAAACCAAUCUCAUUCGGUGAUGUUCUUAGUCCCAUACAUAAAUAGACGCAGAAUUGUACAUUUGGCUGAAGUUAGCCCUCUUAUGUGGAACAUUUUGGAACUGAAAUUUUCAAACCUCAAAAGCUGCUAUUACAAGGGUAAUGAGCCAAUUAAUGAGCCAAUUACAUGGUAGCCAAUAUUGAACAGCAAAAUGGGGCAAAAUAUGGCCAUUGCGAGUCCAGAGACCCUUAUUGAUGGAGAUUUAAAUUGUCUACAUCAUCAUUUAACAUGGCAAGUAGAAGGGUUUGAUCAUCUCCAAUGGAAACCAUCAUGAAAGGGCGAAUUCCAAUAGCUGUUUCCAUUACACUAUUGGUUUUCACUGGGUUGAUAUUAUACUAAUUAAUUAAGCUCUCUUUUCCUUUGCAUGCUCUUUGCAGGUCAAGACAAAGUCUUCAUGGAAAGGUAGUGACUAUUAUUCUUUGGGGUAUCACAAGACAUCCAACCCCAGAUGAAGGACAGAGAUUAGGACUAACAAAAUUCAUCUUUUGAUUUUUCUCAUUUACUUUCAUUCUUUUAUGGAGUUCUUGGAAUAAAAAAAUUGAUGUAUAUUGGAUGAAAGCACAUAACAGUUUCAUAGAGCUGAAUGAAUCUGAAACAAAGUGUUUGUUAUGGUUA